UGCCUUCAAGUGCUUGGUUUGGUACUUUGCUCUCAAGUUUCUUUGAUCGAACUUCAAAAUCAAGUAAACCAACCUCAUCAAUCUCAAGAAAUCGAUCUCAUCAAUUGUCAAAUCAAAUCAAAUCAAAUCAAAUCAAAUCAAAUCAAAUCAAAUCAAAUCAAAUCAAAUCAAAUCAGACGGUUCAUACUAAAUUUACAAAUUGUACUAGAUUAAGUACAUAGUCAGAUUACUAACCAUCUUACUUAUCAUUUCUCUUCAUCAACUUGAUCUUUUAUUUUUACUUUUACUUUUCUUUCUUUCUUUCUCUUUUGUUCUCUUUCAAAAAAACGGUCACUUGUUCGUUUAAAUCCUCAGUCAACUUCACAUCAACUGACUGAACUUUCAGUUAACUGAUCAUCAUCAUCUAUCCCAAAUGCUUCAUUCAAACUCAACACCUUCUUCACCAUCUUCAUUACCUUCUCCUUCUUCUUCUUCUUCUUCUUCUUCAUCAUCCUACAAGAAAUUCAAUCAUCUAACUACUACUGCUACUACUACCACCACAUCUCAUCCAUUCUUAUUCGAUCUGAAUCAUAAUUAUCCUUCUUCAAUCACUCAUCCUACAAGUCCUCAUUCUGAAUUCAAUUCCACUUCAUCAUCUCCAUCUCUCAACUUAUCAAAACGAAUUCGACUCGAUCUAGAUUCAAGUCAUUCUUCCUCUUCCAUCCCUCGUCACUCCCCAAUCGAUUUAACUCCAGCUUCAACUCCUAUCUCUUCUCCUUCUAAUCUCAUCUCCAAAUCUCAAUCCUUCUCACCUUCAUCCUCUUCUGCUCGUAUGAUCAAACCGUUAUCUCAAUCUGAUAUCAUCAACAAUCCACUUUGUUCUCCGACUUCAAAACUCAUUCGAAAACCCAGCUCUCGUCUUUUGAAUUCGCCAUCUCAACGUCCUACUCAAUCUGAUCACCCACAUGGAACAGAUGCGAACGAAAACGACGACCGAUCAGCUCAUUCCCUCCACUCAAACCAAUCAGAGCCUUCUGUUACCAACCCAGCCAAGAAGCCUCGUGUUCGGAAAUCCCCUUCAGCUCCUUUGAGAAUUGCUAUUCAACCUGGGCACUGUUUGGUAUUUGGACGCAAGCCUGAUAUCAUUAAUGUGCCUAGCGAAGUCAAUACUAAAAACACUCCUGUUAUCCCUAUCAAACUCCCCGGUACCUUCACCCAUGCCUCUCGUACUCACUGCUGGUGCACACUUAUUGCGCCACCAUUAGGUGGAUUGAAUAUGAGGAUUGUAGUCAAAGGUCAAAAUGGUUUGAUGGUGGAUGGUCAAAGGUUCUUUCAAGGCGCGAGUGCUGGGGUUGAAGUCCCGAGUUGCGAAGGAGAACAGAUUGAAUUAGGUUUUUGGGGUGGCAAACGAGUUGAGUGUUAUGUGAAAUUAGAAGAUAGACCACCUCAACGCGGCCGUCCAAGGAAUGGUGCUGCUCGUCUGGGUCUCAUUGGCUCAGACAAACUAGAUAACACUCGUACUACCAAACGAAAGGGUCGACCCAGUCAAUCUACCGCUAUCACCACUGGACUCGAGUAUCCUGCAUCUCAUUCACGUACCCCUUCUGGCAUCAUUUUAACACCUCGUAGUGCAACCUCUGAACUCGCACCUUCAUCUCACAUCAAACCUCCUCCUUCAAAGCGUCAAUGCCUCUCUGCCGGUCCCGAUGUCUCACCCUACGAUCCUGCUAUUCUUGCCUUACCUGUCGCAGAUCGCGUCAAUGCUCUCAUUCCAUCCCUUGGUCUCGAUCUAGUUGGUCUCAUUGCUUCUGCAAUCGUCUUUGCUCCACGGGCCACUGUUAGUACCACUGAAGUCAUCAGAGGAGUCCUCGAAACUCAACCCAGUCUUGCCGAAGCUGUACUAUCAGUCUUAGCCACAUCUUCUGCUCGAUCCUCUCCACGUCCGUCUGAUACUCAAGAGAAUCCUUCACGUCAUAGAAGUACAUCGGCUAUACCUCAAUCAAAGCUUAUCCGAAAGGAAACUCAAGAUGUGCUUACUUCCGAUUUAUCAGAGCCACCUUCUCAACCAGCAAAAGAAACCAAAUCACUCUCUCGCCCAAACUCUCCUUCCGUCUCUGAUGCAAUCCAUAAUGAAGAUCAACCUGGUGAUGAGAGAAUAGAACGUGUGGUCAAUGCUUGUAGGCCUAUCAUACUAGAUACCCUUCAAGCAGGCUGGAGCGCUGAUGGGACUGGUAUGUUUGGUUGUGUGACCAAUGAAGGAUUGAAGGAUGCAUCUGGUGUAGCCUUGGAAGCAUUAUGGUAUUAUCAACCUCAGAGAGAUUAUGAUGUUGAAAGACGUGCCAAUUUACAACCUUAUGUAAGACAUGUUCGUCAUACACAAACAACAUCCAAACAGUACUUUUUCAAAAAAGUUCGUGGAUCUGGUCGUAGAAGAAGUUGAUUAUUUUAAUUUCACCCAACUUGUAUUCAAAACAAAAGUGUUAAUGAAGAUGAAUUUAAAACCAGAUUGAGUUAAGGUUUUCAUUGAAUUGACAAGUACCAAAGAAAAAAAAUGAGGUAUUAUUCUUAUUGGAUGGAAUCAAGAAGAAAAAGAAAAAUGUGAAUUAUAAACGGUUUUUGUUUUCUCUGUGACAUGUGGGCUUUUUGGGUGGAUUUUAAUUUGGGUAAAGUAGCUUGAUCUCUUGUGAUUCUGUUGAUUUGUUAUAUAUAUAUAUAUAUAAAUUGUGUUUUGGUUUGAUUGAUUAUAAUAUAACAAAAAAAAUCAAUUUUUUAU